ACUCAGCGGCGGAAGGCGGGCUCACAGAGGCUGACCGAGCCCUAUAGGAUCUUUGGACCGAGCCGUCGAUCAGGACGCGAGGGGCGGGCCGAGCCGAGCGGCAGCAGCGGUGCCCGGCCAUGGUGGGCAAGGAGAAGGAGCUGACCAUUCACUUCAGCCCGGGCUCGGUGCGGCUGGUCGAGGAGGAUGUAUACGUUCCCGACCGACGGGUACUGGUCACCGGAGCCUCUGGACUACUGGGCCGGGCCGUGCACAAGGAGUUCCUGGAGAACGACUGGGAUGCAGUGGGCUGUGCCUACAGGAGGGCUCGGCCCCGGUUCGAGACAGUGAACCUGCUGGACCCAGGGGCCGUGCGGAGGAUCAUACAAGACGUUAAGCCGCAGGUUGUCGUUCACUGCGCAGCAGAGCGAAGACCAGACGUGGUGGAAAACCGGCCCGAUUACGCCAGGCAGCUGAACGUCAGCAGCUCGGGAUGCCUCGCCAGGGAAGCAGCUGAAAUCGGAGCCUUCAUGAUAUACCUGAGCACAGAUUAUAUAUUCGAUGGAUCACACCCUCCCUACCGGGAAGGCGACACUCCGAACCCUCUCAACCUCUACGGCAAAACCAAGCUGGAAGGGGAGAAGCAGGUUUUGCACAAUCACCCCGGUGCGGCGGUGCUGCGAGUGCCGGUGCUGUACGGGCCGGUGGAGGAACUGGGCGAGAGUGCGGUGACCAUCCUCUUCGGGCCAGUGCAGGGGUGCGAGCGGAUGGCCAGCGUAGACCACUGGCAGCAACGUUACCCCACCCACGUGGCCGAUGUGGCCCUGGUGUGCCGGCAGCUGUCCGAGCGAUGGCUACAGGACUCCUCGGUCAGUGGGGUUUUCCACUGGUCUGGCAAUGAGCAGAUGACCAAGUUCCAGAUGGCUUGCACCAUGGCAGACGUCUUCAGACUCCCCAAUGCCCACCUGCGCCCGGUGACAGAGCCCCCAGCCCAGGGCACGGCGAGGCCGCGGGAUUGCCGCCUGGACUGCUCGCGUCUGGAGAGGAUGGGGCUGGGGCACAGGACGCCGUUCCGGGCGGGUGUGAGGCGCUGCCUUUGGCCCUUCCUGCGGGACAAGCAGUGCCAACAGACGGUCUUCCACUGACCAGUGGGGCGGCACGGUGGCCGGAGGGGCUGCACCGGCUACUCACUGCCACACCAUGGAUAUGGCCCGUCUGGGUCACACAUACACAGACACAGACAGGCACAAACGUUCAUACUCAGACAGAUAGACACGCAACACAUGGACAGGCACAGACAGACACACGAAAACACAUACAGGCACAGACAGACAAACGCACACACGCAAACACAUACACAGACAUACAGGCACAGACGCACAUGCAGACAGACACGCAAACACAUACUCAAGACAGGCACAGACGCACAUACACAGCCAGACAGACACACACAUACACACGCAAAUACUUACACAGUAUUUAUUACCCAUAGACAGACAGACACAAACACAGAUACACAGACAGACGCACACAUGCAAACACCUACAUAGGUGCACAGACACACACGGUCUGACAGAGACACGCACAGACAGAGAUACUGACACACCCACCUCUCAUCCCAGGGACAGUCGGAGCUCCCUGCCCUCUCGCCCCUUUGCAGGUCAGGGUUUAUCGGCCCGCUCCUGACCGCCGUCCGCAGUGAGAGAGAGAGUGUACGCCCACUCUGUUGCCCUUCUGCUGCCCUGUGCAGUGGUCAGCACUCCUCUCUCCCCCCCUCGCCCCCCUCUCCCGGCGCCAGAACUAAGGCUUUGGCAGUGGCUGCUUCGGCUGCUUGUGUAAGUGAGGAGCGGAUGGUCCCGCCCUCUCUGUCUGCCUCAGUCUCCCCUCAGUGUAGACCACCCUCUGACCUCGCUACAAUCCCCGUCCAUGUCCUCAUUCCAACGAAUGCAGCGCAUCUGAACCUAUGGGGGGGGGGGGGGGGGGGCUGUGAGAUGUAAAUGCUUCUCAGUGUCUCCCCUCGCAGUCCCAAGCCUCCGGUUGGGGUUCCUCUCGCCAGCCUGUAGCCAGCCCGCUUGGCAGUGAGACUACACCGGUCGCUCUCUCCCAUGUGCGCGGCCCGUCCAUCAGGCCCCCACCCUCGGCCGCGGCGCCACUGCUCAUCGCCCAGCUGAUAGUCCACCCUCUCUGAUGUUCCGCAGUGCCGAGCUCCAGCCCUAUGGGGAGCAGGUUGGAGACUCGGAUGGUCAAUGAAGAAAAUUCUCCACAAGUCAGCAGAGAACGACCGGCCAAAGGGUGUCCUGCCAAACGUCUCGGCGUCGGUCCCUCUCAGAAUCCAGUCCCCUCGCCUUUCCCUACCGCUCUUUCUCCAGGUGCCGGGGCCGGACUUCCCUAGGUACAGACACGGGAACCGCUGGCAUUCCCGGGCUUGGUGUGGCACUGCGUCUUCCCCCUCCCCCCAGAACGGACCCGUCCUGUUCUGAUGCACUGCCCGCGUUGCCAAACAGCAACGCAUUGCCGCUUCUCGCUGUUGAAGAUUGACUUUCCUGCUGCUUGUAUUUCCCCCACCACACUCGCUCCUGCCGUCAUCACCAGACUCCGGUCUCUUGUCUGUAGUUUGAGGAACUCGGAGAUUCCACAUUUUGAUUUACUGUGGUCCACUUUGUGACAACCCCCUCUGAUGUUCUCAACUCUUCUUACAGUCAUUCAAUAAAAAUGUUUUUAUAGC